AUGUUUACCGAAGAAGAAAUAGGCAAUUUCCUUGGAGUGUUGCAAGUGACACCCCAAUUUAUAGAGAUUGAAUGUGGCAGCACCAAUCCAAGAUAUGGUGACACAACAGGCAAUCUUAGGGUUUUCAGUGAUGGGAAAGUUAAGGUGGAUUGCAUUUGUCGUGCUGAUUGCGAUAAAGUUAGAGUAUUCCCGGCGGAGUUUGCAAAGCACGCCGGAAAAAUAAACGCGCACGAGAAGUGGGAUAGGCAGAUAUGGGUGUUUGGCAAGGAUGGGACUAAAAUAGGGCUAUGGAGAACAUGUUUGUUGAAGCAUAACAAGCAUACUUUCGUGAGGGGGGUGCGCCAACUCAUCCAUCGUGACGAGUUCAUACGAUGCUCCCAGUGUGACAAAGAGCGUAGGUUUAGUAUGCUAACCAAGGACCAUUGCAAGAUCUAUCAUGACGCUCUUUUCAAACCAGAUUGGACUUGUUCCGACAUGCCAAAUCAUACGUACGUAAUUAAUCAUAUAAAUUAA